AGAGAGGAGGUGACUGGGUGGAGUAUCCAUCUGCUUUAGCAAACCCUGCUGAAUGCUGAUCUUCAGGACUGUGCAUGGCACACAGAGUCAGGCUCUCUCUCUAUCCCUGGACAUCCUACAGAGAGCCUUCACUGGGAUUUAUCACCUCCUCCCCCUUCAACCUGGCUUUUGGAGAACAUUUUGUGCCGCUCACCCUGUCACCUCUUGGUCUCCCCUGCACACUCGGAUUUCUCCACCCUUUCCCCCAGUUCAGAGGCAGGUGAUCCUUAGCAGCCCCCCUCUUUCUCAUUUUGUUGUCUUUGCGGAUCAGUCUUCAAUCAUGAGCAGACUCAUCUAAAUAGAAUCCCCAUGCAGGAUUUGGGCUAAGGAUCUAACUUCCAACUGCAAACAGCCAGGAGUUAAGAACUUCUUCCUAAAUUAUCUCUAUUCCUAUUAUUGUUAAGAUUCUUUUGCUGCUCUGCGGGGACUGGACUCUAGGCUGAGCGUGCUAUGGAUAUUGCAACAGGUCCUGAGUCCUUGGAGAGGUGCUAUAACAGGGGGCAGAGUGACUGUGCCAAGAUGCUGGACAGUAUUAAAAUGGAAGAUCACCCACUCAGGGCUACCACGGCCACAUUAGGAGUUCUUCUGGGCUCAGAGUGCCAGCACCAGGCAGUGUGUGAGGGCUGCCAGCGACCCAUCUCAGACCGCUUUCUGAUGAGGGUGAAUGAGUCGUCUUGGCAUGAAGAAUGUUUGCAGUGUACAGUAUGUCAGCAACCUCUCACCACCAGCUGCUACUUCCGGGACAGAAAGCUCUUCUGCAAGCAGGACUACCAACAGUUAUUUGCAGCAAAAUGUAGUGGGUGCAUGGAGAAAAUCGCUCCAACAGAAUUUGUAAUGCGUGCCCUGGAAUGUGUAUAUCACCUAAGCUGCUUUUGUUGCUGUGUAUGUGAGCGACAACUACGAAAAGGAGACGAAUUUGUGUUGAAGGAAGGACAACUUUUAUGCAAGAGUGACUACGAAAAAGAAAAAGACCUUCUAAGCUCUGGAAGUCCAGAUGACUCAGAUUCUGUGAAAAGUGAUGAUGAUGAUGCUGAUGUGAAGCCAGGAAAGUGUCACGGAAACCAAGGGAAGGGUAGUGAUGACAGUAAAGACCCAAGGAGGCCGAAACGACCACGCACAAUCCUCACAACGCAGCAGAGACGGGCCUUUAAAGCAUCUUUUGAGGUGUCUUCAAAGCCUUGCAGAAAGGUCAGAGAGACAUUGGCAGCAGAAACAGGCCUUAGUGUACGAGUUGUCCAAGUAUGGUUCCAGAACCAAAGAGCGAAGAUGAAGAAAUUAGCACGGAGGCAUCAACAACAACAAGAGCAACAAAAUUCUCAGAGACUUGGUCAAGAGGUCAUGUCCAGCCGCAUGGAAGGGAUGAUGACCUCAUACGCCCCUCUGGCCCCCCCUCAGCAACAGAUUGUCUCAAUGGAUCAGAACAACUACAGCACAGACCCCUUCCAGCAAGGACUCACACCUCCUCAAAUGCCAGGUGACCACAUGAAUCCUUAUGGCAAUGAUACCAUCUUUCAUGAUAUUGACAGUGAUACCUCAUUAACAAGCCUCAGUGACUGCUUCCUGGCUUCUUCAGAAGUCAACUCCAUGCAGGCCCGAGUAGGAAAUCCAAUUGACCGACUGUACUCCAUGCAGAGUUCCUACUUUGCUUCAUGAGGGCCACCUUCAAUUUCUUCACUACCAAAAAAUAAAAACAUGGACCCUUAGAGACUAUUUACAGCCAUAUUUGUGCAGUUGUCCUUCCCAAAGCUGAGCAGUGAGCAAGUCAGAACGUCACAGAAGCCACAGCCUAAGUGACUGCACCUUAUGGGCCCUUACAAGCCCUGGAAAAGUUUGGAAAAAAGCAUGAGAAAGUAUUCAGAAACUUUUUUUUCCUUUUACAAUACACUCCUUCUUGUAAAAAUGAAAAAAUACAGUAUUUGUAUAAAAGUGUGUUAAAAAUAGAAUUCCCCUCCUCCUAGAAUAAUGCAAAAAUCAAGCCACUGAUUUAAGGUUCUCCUUGUCUCCUCUAAAACUGCAUGAGUGUCACCGUGAUGUGGAAUUAACAAAUUUGAACUGUGAGAAAUAAUUGUAAAUGUGAUGUUUUAAACUAUUUUAUUAUUUUUGUUUAUUGCUUUCUAUAUUUUUGGUUUGAUUUUCUCCAUAGUCAAGAAGGGUAGAUCUUAGUCAUUAUAUCAUAAGAGCAGGCAGCGGCUUCUCAAGGUCAUUGCCAAUACAGGAAGGACUGCAUGUUUUUUUCUGAAGAGAAAUCCAUUUUUUUUUAAAUUAAUGGACUUAUGUUCUUUUAAGGUGCUUUAAAGAUUUAAAACAGAAAAAAAAAGAAAAACAUUAAUUUA